UUUCUCUCUCUCUCCCUCCCUCUCUGCCGGGUCAGGAUGGAAAGGCUUACACAGGCAGGGGAGGAAACAUGUCAUGAGAGGUGAUGACACAGCCACGGAGACAUAUCCACAUCCCCGCUGACUCCCAAGUUCGCUGCACGCCGCCGCUUCUGCUGCUGCUGUUCUUGCGUCCCACAGAGGAGAGAGAGAGCCAAAGAUAGCCUCCGAGAUCUCCCCCUACCUCUCUCUCUUCCUCUCUUUUUCACUUUGUUUGUGGAUGAUGGGAUUUUAAUCAUGUGGAAGACAGCUGAGCGGCUCUUCUGGAUUUCGCUGACGCUGCGCCUGGUCCCGCCUGGCCUCCUCUGAGCAGGAUGGACACUCUGGAGUCAGAGCUGACCUGCCCAAUCUGCCUGGAGCUCUUUGAAGACCCACUACUGCUCCCCUGCGCCCACAGCCUGUGCUUCGGCUGCGCCCAUCGCAUCCUCAUUUCCCACUGUGCAACCAACGAAUCUGUUCAGAGCAUCGGCGCCUUCCAGUGCCCCACCUGUAGAUAUGUCAUUUCCCUGAGUCCGGAGCGUGGAUUAGAAGGACUUAAGAGGAACGUGACCUUGCAAAACAUUAUUGAUAGAGUUCAGCGGGCCUCAUCUUCAGCUGGGGUGCCUCUACCGCUGCCACUGCCUGCGCCCCACAGUGGGCCCAACUCUCCCGGAGAAGAAGGGAGCAACCGCUUGGCGCUGGUCCCAGUCAGCGCUGCCAUGUCUAGUCCGGGCACACCUCCUGAACCGGUCCAGUGCCAGUUCUGCGAACAGGACCCGCCGCAGGACGCAGUCAAAACGUGUGUGACAUGUGAGGUGUCGUACUGCGAGGAGUGCCUCCGAGCGACGCACCCAAACAAGAAGCCGUUUACCGGCCACCGGCUCAUCGAGCCCAUGCCAGACUCCCACCUCAGAGGGCUCCAGUGCCUGGAGCACGAGGAGGAGAAGGUGAACAUGUACUGUGUCACUGAUGACCAGCUGAUCUGCUCGCUGUGCAAGCUGGUGGGAAGGCACAGAGACCACCAGGUGGCAGCACUGAGCGACCGCUAUGAAAAACUCCGGCAAGCUCUGGACUCCAACCUGAGCAAUUUGAUCAAGAGGAACAAUGAGCUGGAGUCUCUUAUGGGGAAACUGAUCCAGACUUGUCAGCAUGUAGAGGUGAACGCGUCCCGCCAGGAGGGCAAGCUCCUGGAGGAGUGUGAUGUCCUGAUUGACAUUAUUCAGCAGAGGAGGCAGAUCAUUGGCAACAAGAUCAAGGAGGGGAAGGCACAAAGGAUUCGGAAGCUUGCCCAACAGAUCUCCAACUGCAAGCAGUGCAUCGAGAGGUCCACCGCUCUCAUCACGCAGGCUGAUCAGACGCUGAAAGAAACCGAUCACGCUCGCUUCCUGCAGACUGCCAAGAGCAUCAAUGAGAGGGUUUCCAUGGCAACUGCAUCGACCCAAGUGCUGAUCCCUGAGAUACACCUAACGGAUACCUUUGACACCGUUGCCCUGGACUUCACCAGAGAGAAGAAGUUGCUGGAGAAUCUGGAUUACCUGACGGCUCCGAGUGCUCCGUGCAUUAGGGAGGAGUUGUGCACAGCUUCCUAUGACACCAUCUCUGUCCACUGGACGUCUGAUGAUGAGUUCACAGUGGUGUCCUAUGAGCUCCAGUAUGCCAUCUUCACUGGACAGUCCAACAUUGCAAGUCUGUGUAACUCACUGGAGAGCUGGAUGAUUGUUCCCAACAUCAAGCAGAACCACUACACGGUGCACGGUCUGCAGAGUGGCACCAAGUAUAUCUUUGUUGUCAAGGCCAUUAACCAAGCGGGAAGCAGGAGCAGUGAGCCGGGGACUCUGAAGACCAACAGCCAGCCAUUCAAGCUGGACCCCAAAUCUGCUCACAAGAAGCUGAAGGUGUCCCACGACAACCUGACAGUGGAGCGGGACGAAACUACAUCCAAGAAAGGCCACAGCCAGGAGCGUUUCUCCAGCCAGAGCAGCUACGGUGUGGUUGGAAACGUCUACAUUGACAGCGGUCGUCACUACUGGGAGGCUUUAAUUGGAGGGAGCACAUGGUACGCUGUGGGUAUAGCCUACAAAUCAGCCCCCAAGCACGAGUGGAUCGGCAAGAACUCGGCCUCCUGGGUGCUCUGCCGCUGCAACAACUCCUGGGUGGUCCGCCACAACAGCAAAGAGCUGGCCAUCGAGCCCUCGCCCCACCUGCGGCGCGUCGGUGUCCUGUUGGACUACGACGCCGGUUACGUGACCUUCUACGACGCUGUGGGCUCCCAGCACCUGCACACGUUCCACGUCUCCUUCGUCCAGCCCGUGUGCCCCGUGUUCAAUGUGUGGAAUAAGUGUUUGACGAUUCUCACUGGUCUACCCAUCCCUGAUCAUCUGGAGGGACUGGAGCCCGACAACUGAAAACUACGGAUGGACAUGAAUAAAUCAGCAUGAGCUGGUCUUAAUUAUUAUCUUAAAGCUGCACUGGGCAAAAUUUGUGAAAUUUAUACUCUUUGGAUGGAGAACAAAAGGAGCUACAAGCACCCUGUCCUUAGAAAGCUGGACUUGGCAGUAGGGAUGGCACUUUCAGAUAAUUUUGCUGUUGAUAGCCCAACACCCAUUAACUGGUAACUAACCAUCAAUUUCUACAAAACAUAAAAUAGCAUUAAUAGCCUACAAGAGGCCUUUCCUCUUAGUCCACCGUUCCAUUGACACAAGAAGCUUUGGCACCACAUGUCGAUGCACUAUCCAUUUAGAGAGGGUGAAAUCUGAAUAUUUAGUGAUGUUGGCCAUGCUGACAGACACAGACAGGCUUUACUGUGUUUACCCUCUGGUCACAGGUUGGUUCGCCUUGGCCUCUGCACUGCUACCACAUGAGGUGGGUGGGAAAUUGCUAGCGGCGCUGCUAAUUUAAGAUUACCAAUGGUUCUGCUGCUAUGGAAACAUGGUGGUAACCCUUGUGGUCUACCGCCAAGAAGCCCCAGUGAGCAAGCAACUUAAGUUUGAAGUGCAAAACGUCUUUAGCAUUGUUAACCAUGUUAGCACCACUAGCUGUGUUGACACUGCUUAUGGUGCCAACAGAGCCAAGCCCCAGCCAACAUAUGAAUGUGAGGCCCAUGUGGGUAGUAAAUGGGCCCACGGGUACCAAGUGGGUAAAUGGUACCCACUUGGUACCCGUGUAGCCCUAGCAUAACACCACACGGGGCAAUCGGCAUGGGGCCAAUACGGAACCCAUGGACAAUCCCACAUGGGGCCCAUUUUUAAGCCCAUUUGUUACCCACAUGGGCCCCACAUACAAGUGUUAGUUUAACAAUGCUAAAAAGGUCUGCAGCUCAAAAUCGAGCCACUUAAUCACCGAGGCAACCCGGGAAGAGACCAGCGGGUGGGCACAAUGUUUCGACAGCAACACUGUUGCUGGGUCAGAGCGGCAUUACUAAAGGCAAUCAGCAAAUGAGCGGCACCGCUAGCUAGCUCCUUACAGACCCAGGUGACGCGAGGUGCAACACACUUAGAGCAAAAUUGACCAAUAGACCGACAUGCGAAUCAAUGGCAUCGUCAUCCCUACUCGCCAGUGAUAUUUUCUUCCUUUCCCAUUUGGCUGUCUUUGCCAUCACAGACAACACUUACUGCCAUUAGUGCAAAAAUACCUAGUGCAGCUUUAACAAGCAAAGAAAAAAAAGACGCCUGGAGUAUUGUCUUAUUAAGCUUUUCAAAGUGAUUUUCAGUUGUUUACUAUGAUUUCUAAAAGCAAAUAUGGCGCCGCUUCAUGUCAUCUUUGACUCCUUGUGAAAAUCUUUUCUCGAUGGAUGACUAUGCUGGAGUCAAUCCAGAAAAAGAGGAGACAAAUGGACAGAGUUGAGCUAGAAAUUCCUACUCUAAGGCACUUUGGGCCACGAUGGGUGCAUUUGUACCACGGCAACAAGGAAACAAGCCACAAAUCAAUUUCUAAUUUUCUUUUCUUUUUUUUUUUACACCACCUUAUCAGAUAUAGCACUUUGAAAAUCCGUGCAAGUACACACACACACACACACACAUACUGCAUACACACCACCCCAACUUUAAUCAAUCAUGGUUGCUGGAGAGAGAGCAGAAUAACAGAUGUAUAUUUUGUAAAUUCAUCGCAUACCUCCCCUUAUCUUUCCCUCGUCCAUUAAAAAGGAACCAAAGUAGCCAUUGCUGUCUGUUCAGAUGUCUUUACAUAAAUUUUACAUAAGUUAAUAAAUGCUGAAUUAUUUUUUAAAAGUAACAGAGAGGAAAUAGCAUUAUGCUAAUAUUAAAUACAAGAUUCCCUUAAAUGUAGACCUUGUUUUUGCACAUUUAUUCAACUUUUGUAGCUUAAAGAAUUAUUGCGGUGCAAUUAACAUGCAUUUGUGGGAAAGUGUUGUGUUCUGUUUGACUUAUUGUGUUAAUUACUUUUUUUGGCAGCCAGACACGUGCUGGCAUUAUGAUUUCAUGUGAUACAGUAUAUGGGAGUUGUGUUACAGCUGUAGCCCCAGGUUAUUAUUUGAGCUGAGGGGUGAAAAUGCACAUUUGGCUGUGAUAUUUUUCUCCACUUUUCUAUUAAACGAGCUGUUUAGUGAGACGUAUUUGUGCUGGCGUGCCAAUACUCACGAAACAUUCAUUUGCUUUUAACAAAGAGUGUCUUCCCAUUUUCAAAAUAUUCAAUUUUACAUGUCGUUUUUUACACUGAGGUCUGAUCCCAUCAAAUCCACACGCUCUGAAAAGGUUAAAUCACACCGUCCUUCACUACAGUGUUAUUGAGACAGACAUGCACAGGGGGCUGUCCUCAGACUUGUUGCACAUUGAUGUCAGUGGGGUGCACAUCACUCUUUACUUCAGUCAUUGGCUCAAUCUUGAUUUGGAUUUUCCGGGACAAAACAGUGUAAAUGAGAUUCAGCCACUGACACUCAAAGGUCAAGACCCGUACAACAAAACUUCAAGGGGAUAUUGUCAAUACUAUAUUACUUGAUUCAAUACUAUUCUAUAUGUAAUGAUGUUUAACAGUGACAAAAAAGGCGCUCCUCAGUGUAAAUACAAAGAUUUGGUUGUAUUGCUCAAUGUUGCUUUGUUUGAAUACCUGGUACACUUAAAACUAUGAUGACAAAUCUCUUCUUUAACUCUGUGUUUCCUUGGCAAUUAAUUGAGCUGUAUGUUUCCAUUGUAUCCAAUACAAAUAUGUAGUGCUUAAUUUAAUGUUUCCAUUUGAGCUUUUAUGACCAUGGUGUUAUAUGUUCCGUCUCUGUGGACAUUUUUAUGGAAUACGAGAUACGAGUGCUUGCAUCACUGUCUUCUGAGAUAAGUCUAUGAGAAGGUCAAAAAAUAAA